GCUGUCUCCAUUUUGCAGUCGCAUCAGUUUAGAAACCUGUGACCGUUGGUUCUGUCCCUGUGACCAUGUUAUCCGCUUUCCAUCUGCGCUCGGCCCUCCUGCCCCGGAUCCGGCUUCUGGGGGCUGCCAGCAUCCGAGCUGCUCAUUCACAUGAAGGACAAGUUUCUAGGUCAGACGGCUCGGAGCUGCUGUAUUACGACCAUCGAGUUUUCCCUCUGCCCGACAUUCCCUUUCAGACGGAGUUGAAUUCCCAAGAAAAAACGCUAAAGGAGAGAGAGCGGGGCCCAUGGAAGCAGUUGAGCCAGGAAGACAAGAUUUCAUUAUACCACAUUAAGUUUAACAAGACCUAUGCGGAGAUGAACAAGCCCAGCAAUGAAUGGAAGACUGUGUUCGGCACCAUCUUUAUCUUCUUUGGGCUAACUGGUCUGAUUGUGUGGUGGCAAAGAGUGUAUGUCUAUCCUCCCAAGCCACAUACUCUAGCAGAUGACUGGAAGGCCAUGCAGGCACGCAGGAUGUUGGACAUGAAAAUUAGCCCCAUCCAAGGCUUUGCUUCCAAGUGGGACUAUGAGAAGAAUGAAUGGAAGAAAUAGAUAUUAUGCCACAAAAAUAAGGGCUAAAUACAAAGAGUAGUGACUAAAUACAAGGCACCAACUGUCCCUGUAGGUUAAUCUUACCUGGCAGGACUUCUGUACUUUGCCAAUAACAUACCCAUUACUCACCAGUGUAACCUGCUCACUAUCCAUGUACUUUGUACCCAAAUCUCCAGCCGUGUUCAUGGCACUCACUAAAUAAAUAAAUAAACAAA